AUGCCGGAAAACGGAGAGCCUCCCGUCGUUGCCGUCAUGACCAACGGCACUCUCAAUGGCGUCAAUGGCGACCCUCCGCCGCGCCCGAGGACUCCCCAGCCCCAGGGCAUGUCUCUGACCGAGUACAGCGCCAACCCGUCGACGCCCCCAGAGGAGAGGAGGAACCGCAUCAAGGGCAUCGUGCCUGACGACUUCCUUCUGCCCGACGGUCACCCCGACUACCUCCGACUUAUCGCUGCCGCAACCUCCCGAGUCUACGAGGCCUGCAAGAUCACGCCGCUCCAGCCCGCCGUCAACCUCAGCAACCGACUCGAGUGCAAUGUGCUCCUCAAGCGCGAGGAUCAGCAGCCCGUCUUCAGCUUCAAGCUGCGCGGCGCUUACAACAAGAUGGCCCAUCUCGACCCGGCCAAGAGCUGGAAGGGCGUCGUCUGCUGCUCCGCCGGCAACCACGCCCAGGGCGUCGCCUACUCGGCCCGAAAGCUCAAGAUCCCCGCGACCAUCAUUAUGCCCGAGGCCACGCCCAGCAUCAAGCAUCUCAAUGUCGCGCGCCUGGGCGGCCACGUUGUACUGCACGGCGCCGACUUCGACGCCGCCAAGGAGGAGUGCUCUCGGAGGGCGCUGCAGGACGGCCUGAUCAACAUCCCACCUUUUGACGAUCCUUAUGUCAUCGCCGGCCAGGGCACCAUCGGCAUGGAGCUGUUUGGCCAGUUCAACAUGUCCAAGCUGGACGCCAUCUUCUGCUGCGUCGGCGGCGGCGGCCUCAUCUCCGGCAUCGGCGUGUACGUGAAGCGCAUGGCGCCCCACGUCAAGAUCAUUGGCGUCGAGACGUACGACGCCAAUGCGCUAGUGCAGUCUCUCGCCAAGGGGGAGCGCGUCGUCCUGGACAACGUCGGCCUAUUCGCCGACGGUGCCGCCGUCAAGACGGUCGGCGAGGAGACGUUCCGCCUCUGCAAGGACGUCGUCGACGAGGUCAUCCAGGUCACCACGGACGAGGUCUGCGCCGCCAUCAAGGACAUGUACGACGACACCCGCGCCGGCCUCGAGCCCGCCGGUGCCCUCUCCAUCGCCGGUCUCAAGAAGUAUGUCGCGCAGAACCCCAGCGAACGUCGGAGGUCAAUGGUCGCCAUCACCUCUGGCGCCAACAUGAACUUUGACCGCCUGCGCUUCGUCGCUGAGCGUGCGACCCUCGGCGAGGGCAAGGAGGCACUGCUGGCCGUCAGCAUCCCCGAGAAGCCCGGCGCGUUCGCCAACCUCAUCACCAGCAUCAUGCCCCACUCCGUCACCGAGUUCUCCUACCGCUACGCCACCGACGAGGUCGCCAACGUCCUCAUCGGCAUCUCCCUGACGGCCCCGGCGUCCCAGAGGACGCAGGAGCUAACCAUGCUUCUGGAUCGCAUCCGUUCGCACGACAUGGCGGUGACGGAUCUUUCAGGCGAUGAGCUCGCCAAGAGCCACAUCCGUUACCUCGUCGGCGGCCGCUCCAACGUGCCCAAUGAGCGCCUGUACAUGUUCAACUUCCCCGAGCGCCCCGGCGCGCUCGAGAAGUUCCUCAUGACCCUCCGGCCAAAGUUCAACAUCAGCCUCUUCAACUACCGCAACUACGGCGGCGACACGGGCAAGAUCCUGGCGGGUAUUCUUUGCCCCGACAACGAGGUCGAGGAGCUGGAGAAGUUCCUCACCGAGAUCGGCUACCCGUGGGAGGACUGCAGCCAGUCUGCGGUAUUCAAGACUUUCCUCCGUAGUUGA